AUGAGGUUGUAUGAUUCUGCACGAUUCAGUUUUAUGGAGAUAGCUUGUGCAAUUGUAGAUAAUUCUAUAAUAUAUGCAUCUCGAGUUAAACUCAUUCAUUUGUCUACUCUUGCAACUCAAAAGAAUUUUUUGAGUUCUACGGAGUUAACRACAAUCGUGUUCGAACCAAAYAUGCCURAAGCAGAUGCUGAUGAAAAAGUGUAUCUACUAACGAGGCACGUGGAAGAUGAACACUUGCGUGCCCGAGACUCAAUGAAUUCCGACCAGAAAUACGCAUAUGAUGAGAUAACGAGGCACGUAGACGAGGAUUAUCCAGGAGUGUUCUUUAUAGAUGGUCCAGGUGGAACCGAGAAGACUUUUUUGUAUAAAGCUUUGCUUGCCAACAUCCGUUCACGUGGUCUUAUUGCUCUCGCAACCGCUUCGUCGGGUGUUGCUGCCAAUAAUAUGCCUGGAAAGAGAACAGCUCACUCUAGAUUCAAAAUUCCUCUGAACCUGUAUAAUAACUCAAUGUGCAACAUACGAAAACAAAGCGGGGCUGCUAAAUUGAUUCGAGAUGCAAAAAUAAUCAUCUGGGACGAAGCGUCGAUGGCAAAGAGGCAAGCAGUGGAGGCGCUUGAUCGAACGAUGCGAGACAUCAUAGGGGUGGCACUCCCAUUCGGCGGAAAGAUAAUGGUUUUGGGGGGUAAUUUUAGACAAGUCUUACUGGGCGUGAGGCGUGGAACCCGAGCACAGAUUGUAGAUUCUAGCUUGCGGAUGUCACCUCUUUGGGCAACGAUUAAAAAGAUACGGCUAACGCUCAAUAUGAGAGCACGCACUGAUCCAUGGUUUUCGGAAUUUUUAUUAAGAGUCGGUGAUGGAGAUGAAGAAGCGAUGGACGAAAGCUUUAUUCGCAUACCGGAUGACAUGACCAUUCCCUAUGCUGAUAAAGGUAAGUCAAAAGAUGUGUUGAUUGACGAAAUCUUUCCAUCUCUGCAAAUCAACGGAGCUGAUUCAGAUUAUAUCAUUUCGAGGGAAAUAUUGUCAACUAAAAACGAGAAUGUCGACGAGAUUAAUGAUCAGUUGAUCGACAAGUUUUCUGGAGAUGAAAAAAUAUACUACAGCUUCGACGAAGCAGAAGAUGAUAAGAACAACAUCUAUCUGAUGGAGUUCUUAAAUUCUUUAACUGUUAGUGGUUUGYCUCCUYAUUACHUUCGUCUCAAGAUUGGAUGCCCAAUAAUACURUUACGAAAUAUCGAUCCCUCGAAUGGAUUGUGUAAUGGCAGUAGAUUGAUAUGCAGAGGCUUUCAACAGAACGUCAUCGAUGCAGAAAUAGCUGUUGGUCAGCAUACUGGAAAGAGAGUAUUUCUUCCGAGAAUUCCCUUAUGUCCGUCCGAAGACAGCAUGUUCCCGUUUAAGCUGAAGAGAAAACAGUUUCCAAUUCGGCUUAGCUUUUCUAUGACAAUCAAUAAAGCUCAAGGGCAAACAAUUCCGAAUGUGGAGCGUGAGAUGCUCAUGGUGCUUGUUGGUCACUGCCACAGAGGGAGGUCUGAUCUGCAUAUGGUGGCCAGUUAA